AUGAAUACGUGCCUGGGCUUUCUCGGAGUCAACGUCGGCACCUUUGCCAUUAGAUACCUAGUCGGCUACCGUUCAAUCCUUUCGGUCGGUGCUUUGGGUUGUGGGCUCAGUCAGCUCGCUGCCGCCAUUUCCGCAAGUAUCAUGCCAUCGUCCCCAAAUAUCUUCGUGGCAUUCAUGGCCAUAUUUAUGGUGUUCUAUAACGGAUGUAUCGCAACAGCCAGCUACAUUGUUGCAACGGAGGUGGGUGCGAGAUACGGAUACAUCUGGGCUGGUUCGAACUUCGUCGCCUUACUCUUUAUCUUGUUUUUCAUGCCGGAGAUGAAGGGUCGCACUUUGAAGGAGCUCAAUGAGAUAUUCGCUGCCAGAAUUUCCUCAGUAUCAAUGCGCCAUGCACGAAGAGAUUCGCGAUGUGAACGCGCAGAAGGGCGGGGGAGAUUCGCCAAUGCAUUGCUCACGGAGAAAAAAAAUUUGUAG